GAAAUAAAAAUGUUUCGAAGGAUGAAGAAUCAUGUGAUGAUGACGAUAAUGAUAAUGUUAAUACUCUAGUAAUGUCAUUAACAGGAAAGAAGACUAAAGUACUAGGACCAAAUUACAAUUUUAAACUAAAAUCAAAUGAUCCUACACUAUAUUUAAUUCGAAAAGUAACGGAAAUAGCCACAAGCAUAACCAACAUAUUCACGGCCAUACAAAAUAUUGAACGGCGCGUUGGCACACUUUCAACUGGUACUUUCGAAACGGAAGAAAGACAAAAAAUUGAUAUUUUUAAAGAUCUGCCAUUGAAGGAUGAAAACGAUCUUGAAGCGAUGGAGACAAAAUUAAAAAAUAACGCAUCUUAUCGAAGUGAAAUGACGACACAACUGGCAUUUGUAUUAUGUGAAAACAUGAAAACAUCAUGUUUGCGACUGAUGAAACUAAUGGUUUCUAAUGACCUGGCGAUUAAGUACAGUUGGUACGGUGCAAAAAAGAAACUAAUAUUUUCCAAAUUAGAAAUUUGUAAAAUAAUUAUAAGUGUGAUACGAAAAUCAUUUGUUAAUGUGACAGACGACCAAAUUUCAGCUCCGAUUAAAGUAUGGUUAGCCCAUGCCAAGGAACGUAUGACGAGAAACAAAGAGCAAGAAAAAGAAAACGUGCCUUUGGAAAAUAACGUGCCUUUGGAAAACGGACGUUAGAUUGUAAACGAUGCAGUAAUUAAUAUGAAUAUUUAUCUUUUUGCGUAAGAAUCAGAUCAGUUUAGUAGCAACAUGUUUUCUUUCUUAAAAGUUUUAUUUUUUAAAUGUUGGUCUUUGCAAUAUUGUCGAGAUGCUGUAACAACAUGUUUUCUUUCUUAAAAGUUUUAUUUUUGUAAUGUUGGUCUUCUUUGCAAUAUUGUCGAGAUGCUGUAGCAACAUGUUUUCUUUCUUAAAAGUUUUAUUUUUUAAAUGUUGGUCUUCUUUGCAAUAUUGUCGAGAUGCUGU